GUGUAGAAUUGAUCAUGAUAAUCCGAGUCUAACAAAUAUGCCAUUAUGGUUAGCAGCCUUUGAGGCUUGGGCAGUCGCACGACUCCUAAGAAGUCCUACUUUUCAUAGUGCAGUCCGUAACGUCCACAAAAGAGUUCACGAAGCUCGUCAUGGCAAAGACCCCUCCGAAAUGGGUGGUACCAAUAUCGACGAUCCUGAAAAGAACAGUCGAUUCGUUAAACACUUCAAGGACGAAAUCAAAGAGCAGUUCUGGGGCAAAUCGCCACCUAGAAAAUAA